AUGCCUGUGUAUUUAACUCACAAGGCUAAAGCAUCCAAUCAGCGUUCGUGGCUUUUAAACGCGCAGUUCCUAUUGGCUCGCUGCCAUCUCCUGCAGAACAACCGGCCCGAAGCCCGAGCAGUGCUGCUAGAAGCAGCCGGCCUUGCCCGCUCCUACGGCUACAGGGAAGUGGCCGACUUCUAUGAAACUUGUGUGAACGUAUCUUUGGAAGGUGAAGUGAUCGCCACGGAUGCUCCUUUAGAGAAACGUGAAAAAGAUUUGGUCAGCUUGAUGCAAGAUGACGACUUACGAUCUGCCGCCAGACAUCUGUUCAAGAGGAUGUCUAUUAUACCACUCAGCAGGCGGUUCUCCAUAAUGCCUGGAGCCAGACCUGACGAAAGUCCGAGUUCAUUGCGUGGCGUUCAUAGACGAGUGUCCAUUAUGCCUAAAAGUCCUCAACCAACUCAAAUGACUAGAAGACCUAAUCGUACUUUAGGAUACCAGGACUUCGAUUUUUGA